AAUAAGUCCAUCUGUGAAAUUUCCUUGCUACUAAAUAUUCCACGUCAACUGUUAGUGGUAUUAUAACAAAGUGGAAGCAACUGGGAACAACAGCAACUCAGCCACAAAGUGGUAGGUCAUGUAAAAUGACAGAGCGGGGUCACCGCAUGCUGAAGCGCACAGUGCACAGAAGUCGCCAACUGUCUGCACAGUCAAUAGCUAAAGACCUCCAAACUUCUUGUGGCCUUCAGAGAGCUUCAUGGAAUGGGUUUCCAUGGCCGAUCAGCUGCAUGCAAGCCUUACAUCACCAAGUGCAAUGCAAAGCGUCAGAAGUGGUGUAAAGCAAACCGCCACUGGACUCUAG